AUGGCCGUUAUCAAUCAACCAAAUAGUCAAAUUAAACUUACAAAUGUUUCUCUUGUACGAAUGAAAAAGGGUAAAAAAAGAUUUGAAAUUGCUUGUUAUCAAAAUAAAGUCCAAGAUUGGAGACUGAAAGUUGAAAAAGAUCUUGAUGAAGUUUUACAAAUUCCACAAGUAUUCAUUAAUGUAUCUAAAGGACAAGUUGCAAAUAAUGAUGAUUUACAAAAAAGUUUUGGAACUACUAAUCAAGAUGAAAUUAUAUUAGAAAUUUUAAAUAAAGGAGAAAUUCAACUUAAUGAAAAAGAAAGAAAUGCAAAUUUACAACAAAAACAAAAUGAAUUUUUAAAUAUAAUUUCAACUAAAUGUAUAAAUCCAAGAUCAAAGAAAAGAUACCCACCAAGUAUGAUUGAAAAAGUUUUAAAUGAACUUAAAUUUCAUUUAAGUCCAACAAAACCAACUAAAACUCAAGCAUUAGAUGCAAUUAAAUUAUUAGUUGAAAAACAAAUAAUUCCAAUUGCUAGAGCUCAAAUGAAAAUUAGAAUUAUGUUGUCUAAAAAAGCAUAUUUGAAAACUUUCCAAGAUGAUAUCAAACCAAAUAUUGAUCAAAUUGUUGAAGAAGAUAAUAAUGGUAAACAAUAUGAAAUUGUUGGUAUUAUUGAUCCUAUAAAUUAUAGAGUAUUGGUUGGUCUUAUUGAUAAUUCAGAUGGAAGUAACAAAGUUCCAAAAGGUGAAGGAUCUAUAGAAGUUUUAGAUAUGUCUGCCAUUAAAGAGUAA